CUACAAAGUUUCCCAUAAAGUGGACGGCACCGGAAGCCACCAUGUCGGAACACCGUUUCAGCACAAAGUCUGAUGUUUGGUCUUUUGGUAUUCUCAUAUAUGAGAUCGUCACCUACGGCUGUCCCCCCUAUCACGGCGUAUUGGGAGAUCCUUCGCUGCAAUCCCUGGAUCCGGAUAUGUAA